AUGGAUUUGCUAGGAUCUAUCUUAAGUUCGAUGGACAAGCCUCCUACGAUCAGUGACGAGCAAAAGGCAUUGAUGAAAAGUUGGUUGAAAGUUAACCUAUCUCGUAGAUGUCUGUGCGAUUUAUUGACAUUGAUAAAAUUAUUUUUACCACACAGAGCAAAAAGAGGAGUGUCAGAAGCAUCGAAAAGCAGAAGCCGAAAGGUUAUCGCUCGAACGUUGCAAUGUUUUUUUCUUUCUUCGUCGAUCCAGGUAGAAGGGAAAAUUAACAAAUUUCUUCGAGAUGACGAUGCGAAGGAAUAUAAAUUUCCUCCGAUGGAUCAAAUUCACAGGAGUAUAAUACACGAUGUUGCCGAAGUGGCAAACGUAUGGGCGUAUUCGUUUGGCGAAGAAAGCGUUAACCGUCACAUUGUCGUUUUCAAGAGAGAGUAUGCUCCGUCCGAAGAUCAGUUGAACGCAUUGCGUAGAGGAGAGGAAUGGAACGAAGAAAUAGCGAGAAGAUUGAUAGAGGAGAGAGAAAGACGAGCCAAAGAAGAGCGAGAAGCUGCUGCCAAACCUAGAAAACGGAAAGACAAUUUUGUACCGAAUAGCUGUUACAAGGACAAGUAUCAACAUUUAAUCGGGAAAGAAGCUGCGCUGGCCGCAGCGAGAAAGACGGAAGCUAAUAGUAGUUACGGCUGUGUCCCUAGUGAAAAUAAGAAGGAUCAACGAAGUAUAGAGCAGACAUUGGCAGACAUACGAGCUAAGAAAAGGAAGUUGCAAACUAUCAAGGAGUCGGAACAUAUAGACAAAUGUCCAAAUAGAACUGUAUAAUAUUUAAUAUUCGUUUAAUUUUUGACCUGUAAAUAUUUCAUAUCAAUUGUAACAGGAAAUCAUAUAUUUCGAUGCAAAACUAUUCGCACUUUCUCGAUUGUAACGCACGUAUUCUUACUUUUUCUCUCUGUAUAACGAGUGUUGUUUUACGUACCUGCUGCGAUGGAAACAGGGAAAAAUGUUAAAACCCGAUAUGUGUAAUUGCUAAAAGAAAUUCAAAUUAACUUGUAUGUACGAUGUAAUACAGACACGGCGCUUGUACCGUGAAACGUUCUAUUGUUUUCUUUGUAAAUUGUUUUCCACGCUUCUACGCGUACACUCGCGACUUUACUUUGUUGUUAAAUAUAUUCCGUGGCAGAAUAUUUUGGUAUCGCGGUUUUAGAAGCAGAUUUUGGUUUGGUCGGAGACGAUGAAUCGAACGCGAUUUGUUCCUUUAGAGCCAACAGUUUCUUAAAGAUUUGAUUCGUCGUUGAUUCGUAUAACUCUAGUCCUCGCAUGAUCACAACAUCUCGAAUGUACGAAGCAUUAUCGUGCACCAAUUGUUUCUAAAGAUACGAAUUAAAGAGAAACAAGUAUUUAUUCGAACGUUGAGAGUCGUGACGAAGAGACAAGAUGUUCUAUAUAUGUAUAUGUAUGUGUAGAAAAAAAAAUAUAUAUAUAUAUAAUAUACAGAAAAAAAGAAGAAAACUCUAA